CCAAGAAAAUCCUCUCAGUUGCACAAAAUCAAGAAUGGCAUAUAGGCGGCAAACAGACCCAAAUCACAUUGAACCACAGGAAGAUGGAUAUGAUCACCAACAAUUUCACCAUGCAAACCAGUGCCUUCCUUCCAACCAAGUCAGGCUGGGUUUUGAUGAGCUAGUGGAGGAGAUCAAUAACGAAAUCCCCCUGUGUGAGAGUGACAAAGAAGAAAACCCACGUUUUGUGCCAGGAGCACCAAACUUGGGUUCAAACUGGCCAUCCAUAUAUGGAACACACCCUAGACACUUGGAUGAGUUCACUGCUCAGAGCCCUGACAUCUCCCAGCUUUGGCAUGGGAAAGCAUCAGCCAUUGGUUUUAAUCCUGCUGUGUUACCAAUGCAUCAGAUCAUAAAUGAGGGAGACUCCUGGAGAAAUAGCACAGAGAAACGUCAUGGUGCUGAGGUUCCCGGGUCCAGUGCUCUAGCUCCAGCACCCAGCAGCCUGGAGAACCGUAAUCUACGAAGACAGUCAGGAAAUGAACAUCACAAGGGCCCUGUAGGAUUUGUGGGCAGCAUCUUCCCUCAUUAUCCAUCACACUCAGUAGACGCCACACCCGAUAGCGAGAAUAAAGGAAGUGGAGGUUUGAACCUUGUAGAUCCUCCUCUCCUGUCCUCUAAAGAUUCUCUUCCACCCAGGGCACAGGAGAACGCAUCACUGGACGACACAGAGCAAGUUGGUUGUCCCAUUCAAAUAGUUGAAGUACCCCAAGGGAGUAACAAGAAUCUGGCCUCCUUUUGUAACAAAGUAAGAGAAAUAAGAGCGUCAUUUCCUGCAAGUGACAUUAAUUCCAAUUCUGGAAAGAUCUGGGCCAUCACUACAGCUUAUCCCUCCCAGCUCUUUGCUGACACCAAGUUCAGAGUGAAUGUUUCCACUAAUAACUCGGCACAGACCCUUCAUCUUCUGCCACAAGCUAAUUAUCUUGUCAAAGACCUAAUUCGUGAAACACUGCUUUUAUGUGCAAAUGAGCAGCUUUCCCCCAAGGAGUGUCUUCUAAGUGUACGUGGUUCUGAAGAAUUUUUACAGAUGGAUCACUGUUUAGGGAGCCACAAAAUAUUUCAGAAAAGUAAAUCUGUUUUACAACUUCUUCUUCAGAAAAACAGUGAUGUUCCAGGAAAGUUGUCUCGGAAGAGUGGAGAUGACCACAGUCUGUUUCAUCUGAACCAGCUCCUAGAGUUUACACAUAUUUGGAAAGUAUCCAGACAAUGCCUCUUCACAGUAAUAAAGAAAUAUGACUUCCAGGUCAAACUCCUAUUGAAAAACCAGGAAGAUAUGGUGGGUAAACGUUUGCCAGCCAUGUUUUCAAGUGCUCCAAACCCCUUCCAAACACAUGUGAAUAAUGUUAUUGAAGAAGUUAAAAAUAUAUGCAGUGUUCUGGGAUGUGUUGAAACCAAGCAAGUUUCAGAUGCAGUAAAAGAACUAAAACUACUUCAGAGGAAUCAGCCUCAGAAUUUUCAUCAGAAAUCAGAGACUUCAAAAAAAGGCUUCAUAGAGAAAGUGGCAGCAAAACUAUCAAGGUCCAUCUAUCAACUAAUCGAAGUGUACUGCAGUAGCUUCUGUACUGAUUUCCAGGCUGUGCACCUACCUGGAAGUACCUCCUGCAUCCUCGCUGGGCUCCGUUCCCACCUGAGCUUCACAGUGUGUGCCCUGCACAACGUUCCAGAGACGUGGGCACACAGCUACACAGCAUUUUCGUUUUCCUGCUGGCUCACAUAUGCUGGGAAGAAGCUGUGCCAAGUGGAAAGCUGCAGAUCCACACCAGCCACAAAAUCGUUCUUUCUUUUGGUCAACUGGAACGAAAUAAUCAAUUUUCCUCUUGAAAUAAAAUCACUUCCAAGAGAAUCUAUGCUUAUUAUAAAAGUGUUUGGGAUUGACUCUGCCACCCACAGUGCAAAUCUGCUGGCCUGGACCUGCCUUCCAUUGUUCCCAAAAGAAAAGUCUAUGCUGGGGUCUAGACUAUUCAGCAUGACAUUCCAGAGUGAGCCUCCCAUAGAAAUGAUAGCUCCGGGAGUAUGGGAUGGGAGCCAGCCUUCCCCACUGACCCUGCAGAUUGACUUUCCAGCUGCCGGGUGGGAGUAUAUUAAUCCCGAUUCUGAGGAGAUCGGAACCGACGCUGAAGAACCACCAAGAGAGUGUUUAAAACACAUUGCCAGACUUUCCCAGAAGCAGACUCCCUUGCUACUUUCUGGGGAGAAGAGAAGAUACCUGUGGUUUUAUCGGUUCUACUGCGAUAAUGAAAACUCCUCCCUUCCUCUGGUUUUGGGUAGCGCCCCUGGAUGGGAUGAAGGAACAGUUUCUGAAAUGCAUGCCAUCUUGAGAAGGUGGACAUUUUCUCACCCAUUGGAAGCACUUGGUCUUUUGACUUCCAGUUUUCCAGACCAAGACAUUCGAGAAGCGGCUGUUCAACAAUUAGACAACCUCUUGACUGAUGAACUGUUCGAGUAUCUCCCACAGCUAGUUCAGGCUGUCAAAUUUGAGUGGACUCUUGAAUGUCCCUUGGUGGAACUUCUGCUUCGUCACUCCUUGCAAAACAUCCGGGUGGCCCACCGUCUGUACUGGCUGCUGAGGGAGGCACAAGAUGAAGCCUGCUUUAAAAGCUGGUAUCAGAAGCUGUUGGCUGCUCUCCAGUUCAGCGCGGGAGAAGCCUUGAACGAUGAAUUUUCCAAGGAGCAGAGGCUGGUGAAACUUUUGGGGGAUAUUGGAGAGAAAGUGAAAUCUGCCAGUGACCCCCAGAGACAGGAUAUACUAAAGAAAGAGAUUGGCAACCUGGAAGAAUUCUUUAAAGAUAUAAAGACUUGCCAUCUUCCUCUGAACCCAGCCCUGUGCAUAAAAGGAAUCGACCAUGAUGCAUGCUCAUAUUUCACAUCUAAUGCUUUGCCAUUGAAGAUCACUUUCAUCAAUGCUGAUCCAAUGGGCAAAAACAUUGGUGUUAUUUUUAAGGCUGGGGAUGAUCUUCGGCAGGACAUGCUUGUUCUGCAGAUUAUUCAAGUGAUGGACAACAUCUGGCUACAGGAGGGCCUAGAUAUGCAAAUGAUUAUUUAUAGAUGUCUGUCCACGGGAAAAGCCCAAGGAUUGAUAGAGAUGGUGCCAGAUGCUGUAACACUCGCCAAGAUCCAUCUCCACUCUGGGCUAAUAGGACCACUGAAAGAAAACACCAUCAAGAAGUGGUUCAGUCAGCACAACCACUUAAAGGAAGAUUAUGAAAAGGCCUUGAGGAACUUUUUUUACUCUUGUGCUGGCUGGUGUGUGGUAACGUUCAUCUUGGGAGUCUGUGACCGACAUAAUGACAAUAUCAUGCUGACAAAGUCAGGCCACAUGUUUCAUAUUGACUUUGGAAAAUUCUUGGGUCAUGCACAAACAUUUGGCGGUAUAAAAAGGGACCGAGCCCCUUUCAUUUUUACUUCAGAGAUGGAGUACUUUAUUACCGAGGGUGGAAAAAAUACUCAACAUUUUCAAGACUUCGUGGAGCUUUGCUGCAGGGCUUAUAACAUUGUCAGGAAACGCAGCCAGCUGAUUCUGAGCCUUCUAGAAAUGAUGUUGCAUGCAGGACUGCCUGAGCUAAGCGGAACCGAAGACCUGAAAUACGUCUAUAACAAUCUCCGCCCACAAGACACAGACCUGGAAGCCACGAGUCAUUUUACCAAGAAAAUAAAGGAAAGUCUGGAGUGCUUCCCAGUUAAGUUGAAUAACCUGAUCCACACACUGGCACAGAUGCCAGCCAUAAGCCUUGCCAAACCUGCCCCUCAGACUCUUCCCUGGGAAUCCUGCACCCUGCACAAAACCAGGACAAUUCAGAGAGCCACAAUAUUAGGGCUCAGCAAGACGCACGGCAACCUGUACCUGAUCGAGGUGACGCUCAGUGACAACAGGAAAAGCCUGACCAGAAAGUCAUUCGAACACUUUUCCAGACUUCACAGCCAAAUUCAGAAGCAAUUCUCAUCGCUGACCCUCCCAGAGUUUCCUCACUGGUGGCACUUACCGUUUACAGAUUCGGAUCACAAGAGAAUCACAGAUCUAAGUCGUUACAUGGAACAGAUGCUGAGCGGGUCUUAUGAAGUCGCAAAUGUAUGUGACAGCUUCUUUCCACUUUUAUGCAAAUGUCGAGGAUUGGUUUAUCAUUACAAAGAGAUGGUUUUAAGUGUAUCGGCAUUCUUUAGUUUCUUCACUCAGUAA